AUGCGCGCUGCCGGCAACAAGGAGGAGGACGAUCUUGGAAGUUCAGAACUUGAACUCUCGUCGCUGUCUUCGUCUGAUUCCUUUGAACCUAGGGCAUUUGAAGGCAAUCCGGUCGAUGCCAAGCGUCCACAGGUAAGCAAACUGCCAUCUGCGGCCUCCAGGGACUUUGCAUCCGAGAAGAGCAGCUUGACGCUUGGGGGAGGCCCAGAAACACAAGAAGAGGCAUCGUCUAAUUCUUCGCUACCCGAUGUGGAUAAGGUUGUAACACACAACGUGAAAGAGGGACUUUCUGAAAAUGUCGAGUCGCUCGAAGAACAAGGUUUGAAUCUACGGAAAAAGGCGAACCCUGAUAUUAAUAGUCCUGUUGCCCUGUCUUCGAGCACUGAGUUUCCAGAAGAGUACAACUUGGAAACUGAAACGGGGUUAGUGAAGGCCGUUACGUUGCAACAACUCAACAGACUCGAUAGUCGAACAUCAGUACGAAGUGGCCAAUCUCAGAAAAAAUCGCUGAAAUCUUCAAUCGCCUCGUUAGAGCUGCCCGAUGCUACCAGCGUGAAGAGUCGCACUGAUAAUGGAUUGGAUUCCGAGAAGCUGCGCAGAGCAGUCGAAAAAAAUCAAAAACAGAUCGAAAAAUACCAAGAACGUAAAAAGAAGGGUGGGGUCAAGAGCUUUAUAGCCAAGAUUUUCAACUGA